AUGACGGUCGAUGCAGCGACCACAUCUUCUCAAUCUUUGGCCACUGCAUCGACUGACGGUGCAUUAUCUCAACAAUCUCACGUUGCUGGUGAGUCGACCAGCAUAGCAUCCCGCCAGGGGCGAAUCACGCCCAUUGUUUUGCGUGAUGCGACCAAGUGGCGACAUCUAAACUACAAGUUUAUAAGCUUAGGCAUUAAGAUAGAACGCGCAGUUGCCGUUGAUGCGGGAAUCAGGAUUUUGCCGAAAACUGAGGAUGACUACCGAAGAAUCGUUCGCCUGUUAAGGGAGGAGGACGUGCCCCAUCAUACGUUCCCUCUUCCUUCAGAACGAAAUAUUCACGCGGUAGUCAGAGGCAUACCCGCAAUGUUUUCGGAACAGGAGAUCAAAGGGGAAUUAGAACAGAGGGGAUAUACUCAUCUCCACAUUAUCCGACUCAAACGCAGUGGCGGCGCACCCAUGCCUUUGGUGGUCGUGAUACUGCCCAAGAUUGAAAAGUCCCAGCUGUUCAAUGAACAUGAGCUGCUGGGUCUAGCAAUCAGAGUUGAAGUUCAAAAGAACUCUAGACUUAUUGGGCAGUGUCACCACUGCCAAAGAAAAGCUUUACAUGAAGCCCACGAUGGAUUGCAUCAAGACCAACGGAACGACGAUCAACAACUGCUUCAGGGGAGAGACAAGGAACCAGCAGAAAUGAAUUGUUCAUCAAAAAGCUUGAGUUUUGAGAACAAAACUUAA